GCUUAAAGGAAAAAAUCGACAAACUGGAAACCGAAAAGAAGACUUUGGAGAAGAAGUUGAGAUCAGUCGAAGGAGAAUUAGAAGAUGUGAAAGGGGAAGUUGAGGAGUUAAAAGAGGCCAACAAGAGUCAAGAGGAAAGAAUCAUCAUGCUGCAAGCGAAUGAGGAAAGAUUGUCAAAGAGAAUCGAUGGCGUAAAGGGUGAAAAUACGACUCUUAAAAAGGAGCUCAAAGACCUCAAAGAAACGUUUCAACGCAGGCUGCCGCCAUCAAUGGUUUCAGCUGAACGACUUGCUUUACCUGCUAAUGACCUAGAAGAGUGGUCCACGAUUAUCCUUGGCGAGAUGUGCAGGCAAAUUCAAAUCAUGAUGUACAAGCAGGUUCUACCAAAACUGUACGUACCUCGAAAGAGUUACAAAAUAAAGCAUAUACAAGAGGAUAUCAAGGAUUUAAAUGAUGAGGAACAACAAGAAGCGAGGCGUAGAUAUGACGACCUGAGGAAGAAGUUGAAGUGGCAAGAGAAAAUCCACGUCAGGGCAAUGAAGUCAAUCCAGGACAGCAGAAAUACCGCCGCUCAUCCUGACCUAAAUGAGGAGCUAAUACGUUUCGCAGUAGAUCAGAUGGAGAGGGAUGGAAAACUGGAUGAUUGGCAUAGCCCCGAUUGCGUCCGAGCAUUUAUCGAAAUGUGGAAAAAACUGACACAACUGUGAGAUCUUCUACAGUAGAUGUUUCAACUAAUCAAUGUUGCAGUUCAGGUGGAGUUUUAAUAGUCUUUCUCCAUCAUUUUUACUAUAGAUAUCUAUCGAUGGGUAAGUAGGGUUUAGUAGCUUCACUGAGCGAAAAUAAUGCAUGUCUUGGAGCGAUACAACUGUUCCUUAAUUCUUUCCUCGCGUAAGUGAUAACAGACAGAGUCAACGUGUUUCUGAAAAAUGAACUCGACGUAGGGCGCUGACUCUUAAAACCGGCACUGUUUGGAGUGAGUUUGCGAUGAAAAAUAGGGUAACUGAGAUAUGUUUGUCACAGAGGCAUCAAUAAUGCCGUGUCAUUUCAACUUUAUUUAGCUCAUGAUUUAAGCAAUUUCUUUACAGGCAACAAUAGCUGUUGGUGACUUUAAUAUAAGCGGGUGCUAACAGCAAAUUUUUUCCUUAUUGCAUGUCAGCUAUGAUUUCUAAAAUACGUCUUCAAGUUUCCUUCAUUUUAUGAGAAUUCAAGUUACUACGUUAAUCUACCUAUUUCCGAGAAAAGCAGAAACCUAAUCAUCCGGAUAAAAUUCCUAGAAAGCAUCGCACAUGGGUUCGUCUCAGGUUGUCAGAAAUUAACCGAAGAAGUGUCUUAUUAUAGGCUUUCGUAGAGCCUUUUCAUGUACAAACUAGAGCUUUUGAUACAGUUCAUGGGACUUACAUUAGAGGAAUAAAGUUGUAGCACCUCAUUUUCCAUACUUCGGUCUAGUUUAGCUUAGGAUAGCUUUGCCGCCAAUUACGUUGCGAACCGAAUAAGACGAAAGUCUUGAUAGUAUGUUAACUUCAUAAUGUAACCUAAUAUUUCAAAGAAACACUUUUAGUUCAACCAAAAGAAUAUUGUGAACAUUUUGCACAAAAUGCGAAAAUUCACCGAUAUUGGCACGAAUCUAGAAGGGAAAAUCAGCUAGGUAGCAGAGGUCAAGAUUGUCAACAUAGAGUGAUGUUUGAACACGACACUAAAUACUGACGAAAAUUUGUCCCGUUCUAGCAUUUCACCAUUUGGCGGUAUAGGCAAGUAAUAAUGCUUUAAAAAGUCCGCUUCUCUCGAUACAACUUUGUCCCAUGCAACGAGCUUUCCCAAAAUAAGCUUAGUCGUCAGGAGCCACGCCAGUCACCUACAACUUUGGCUAUUGUCAUAGUUUUUAUGGAAACGAGACCACUCUUGCCGUAAGCUUAUCGUUGGGACGUUGCAUGGGCCAAAACUGUACCGUUCAAACUGGCGUUUAAAAGAGAACGCCGAAAGAGUAAUUCACAGUUCAAUUCCUUGAUUUCCUGACGGUGUAAGAAAUUGAGGGAAAUCUAGAAGCCAAUUAAGCGUAGCGACCGCUGCAGCUGCUGGCAAGGGGCCGGUUAGUGCUUCUAAAAUGAGUUUUUUAAAUGUACCUCUCAAAAUUGCUAAAUGCUGGGAAUUUACAGACCUUAAUUCACUCGCG